AUGCGUACCAACCUAGGGUUGUCGACCUUGCGUACCGACCUAAGGUUGUCAGCCUCGCGUACUGACCUAAGGUUGUCGGCCCCCGCGUACCGACCUAGGCUUGUCAGUCCCGCGUACCGACCUAGGGUUGUCGACCCCGUGUAUCAACCUAGGGUUGUCGACCCCGUGUAUCAAUCUAGGGUUGUCGACCCCGCGUAUCGACCUAGGGUUGUCGACCUCAUGCCUUGA